UUCUUCGUAGUGCGUCCGAAGUCACCAAUUAUUUGCUUUUUCACGCGGUCGAGCUCGUCACCGAUUCGCUUCGGUUUUACGACAAGACAGCCGAUAUCUUGAGAGCGACUAAUCGCAGCGGCGCCAAACAGUUAAGUAAUGUGUUAAAGCGGUCCAAUCGGCAGCCGGCCGGUCGAGUGGAACCUUGAGUCGACGCGCGAGCCCCUCGCGCCACGGGCUCGCGAGCCCGAGGUGAUAACGUGGCACGUUUCACUUGGAGAUGGAGGCGGCGUUGCUCGCCGUGUCGGUGCUCAUAGGCGCCCUUAUAAUCCUGGUCGCCCUAGCAGUUGGCAGACGGAAAGGCGGAGUGUCUGAAAGAGUAGAAGAGAAAAAAGCCCCAGCAUCUGUCGAGGAUAGCUCGAUUAGAGCGCCCUCCUCGAAGAAGCUGAAACAGCAGCAGCGAACUCGUAAGGAAAGACCACAGCAGCACACGUUCUCUCACGCCAUACUCGCCUCCUCUUUGAAGGGUCACAAUGGCAGUGUAACAUGCCUGGAUUUCAGCAGCAAUGGUAAAUACCUGGCAUCCUGCUCAGAUGACCGAACUGUUAGAAUCUGGAGCACCAAAGACUUCCUGGACCGGGACCAUAAGUGCCUGCGGGCCAACGUAGAGCUCGACCAUGCCACACUCGUCCGGUUCAGCCCAGAUUCUCGAGCCUUCAUUACAUGGCUGGCAAAUGGUGAGACCAUUCGUAUCUUUAAGAUGAAUAAGAAGGAGGACGGCACAUUUAAUUUCAAAGCUGCACCUGAGGACUUUCCCAAGAAACACAAAGGGAUCAUCAUUAACAUCAACAUAGCUGAGACAGGCAAGUUUAUCAUGACUGCAUCCGUGGACACCACCAUUCUGAUCUGGGAUCUGAAGGGAGAGGUCCUAGCUUCCAUUAACACUAACCAGAUGACAAACUCCUAUGCUGCGAUCUCUCCGUGUGGCAGAUUUGUGGCUGCCUGUGGUUUCACCCCAGAUGUGAAGGUCUGGGAGGUGUGUUUCACUAAGUCUGGCGAGUUUAAAGAGGUCACUCGUGCGUUUGACCUUAAAGGACACUCGGCUGGAAUCUAUUCCUUCGACUUCUCCAAUGACUCGCGCAGGAUGGCGACGGUGUCCAAGGAUGGUACAUGGAAGCUCUGGGACACAGAUGUGGAGUACAAGAAGCAGCAGGACCCCUACCUGCUCCGGACCAUACCAUGUCAGGUUUCAGAGGGGAGCCGCAUUGCCCUGUCUCCUGACGGUCGCGCGGUGGCUGUGUCCAGCGGCCGUGAUGUGGCCAUGUAUAGUGCCACCUCUGGCGAGCUGGAGGAGCAGUUCCACUGUGUCCACGGCGAAGAUGUCACUGAUCUUAAAUUUGACAUUAACAACCGUUUUCUUGUGUGCAGCGGUGACCGUGUAAUCCGUGUAUUUCACAAUGUGACUGGUUACCGGGCAGCCAUCCAGGACAUGCAGGCCAUGUUGAAGAAAGCCAGCAAUGAGGGUGUGAAACAGAGGCUGCGGCAGCAGCUGAAAGAUGCCCAGAGCGCCUUAGAUGCUGUGCUCGCUACACAAAAGGACUAAUGGCUGACCUCCUGUCUUCCUCUGCCUUUACAUAUUGUGUUUGGAGUUGGGUUGUUUUGGCUUGGUGAUUUUGAUGAAUAAACAAUGAGUGUUUUUAGGAAA